ACUGGCCCAGACGCCAUCAGUUGCCUUCACACCACCGUGGCGGACAGACGCCUUAUUUGUACGUAGUUGUGCUACGAUGAACCAUUUUUGUCGUGCAGAAAAUGUGAUUCAAUCGACGUUGAAAGGAUAUUGAAUAUUUUUGGAUUUUUCGUGUGAACUUUUAAGUGUUGCUUGUGAAAGUUUUAAGAUGGCGCACAAAGUGCUGGGAUGCAUAUUACUCCUGGCCCUGUUUUCAGAGGGUAAAGAAAAAUCAAGAUGGUCACGACAGUUGAGCUCAUACACAGCUGAUAUUAGUGAUUGGGUUCCUCUACCAGGCCCGGUGGACCAAGAACCACAGCAAAUUAGACGUCAAGCAAUUGCAGAACCAAGAAUCCUAUCAGAACCCUUCCCGGGGUUUGCUAGAUCAAACGGUUUUGGCCAAGAGGAAUUCCCGCCACGCCCCCUCUUUAAUUCCCAGCCAAACAGACAACUGUAUCUUCAAGCAGUUCCAUCCGCCCCUCAAAACUAUCUCAGCGACCAAGGAUUUGGACAAGGCCUGAAAUUCGGACUUACACAACCGAACUUUCCUUUCAGUCAAGGAUUUGUCUCUCCCAACUUUAAUUUUGAUGGUAUUCCACAAAUUAAAGCAAGACCGCCAGUUAUAUCUCCUGUUAAAUUUGAUAAUUUUGCAAAGCCAAUUCAACCACAAGCGAAACCUUUCUUAGGUUUACCAGCAAAACCUAAGCUUGAAUCGCCCAAGUUUGUUGAUGGGUAUAGAGUAGAAAACAAUAGUGAAAUUGGUAUGAAAAAGAAAGCUCCUACUUUACAGAAAGUGAAAUUUGAAAGCUUUGAAAAGCUGAAAGAAUCUACAGUACAAAGCAAACCAAAGUCUGAAAGAGAAGAAGUUCAGUUACUGUAUGUUCCAGUGGAGUCUUUGAAUAGAGGACAAUUUAAUUUCAGGAGUCCACUGACAUCUGCUCAAGCUGUCAACACAGAUUUUUACAAUCAAAACCCACGAGUGCCUCCACUACGACAAAAUCUCGCAGCCGAAUUUCAAAGGCCGUUGCAGAAACCUUUGGAAUCUUACAACUCUCAAGAGGCUUUGAAUGAUUUUAACAGACAACUAAUAGGAUUCGAACGUGAAAGUUCUAAAUUUUCAACACUAACUUCUCCUUUCCCAACCGUUUCAUCUACAACGCCUCAGCCGAAAAAACUAAAGCCACAUCAACCACCGCUUGCUAUAUUCUUAUCCCCAGAAAACAAACAAGAUAGUGUUAAAGUGGGAGAUGUAUUACUUUCGCUCAAAAGUGCCGAUACAGUACCAGUUUUAGAUUCAGUCAACCCUUUAAAUGCGCCAAAAGUAUUUAUAGGACCAUCAAACUUAACUCCACCAGAAAACUUUGUAAAAUUUGAUUUACCGUAUUUAUCAAACAUAGAAAAUAUUGAUAAAAAAUUACGCCAACUUCCAUUUUUUGUAGCCCCAUUAAGCUACAGCACCCCGCAAGGUUUUGCAAAAAUUCCAUUCCCAUCACCUCAUGUUGGAUCUGUAGUAAUCAACUCACAAAUAAGAGACUCACCAAAAGCGCCUUCUCCACAAACUUUUCCAGACUCCUACAACGUUCCAUACGUCCGCCAACAACCACAAGUCUACCAGCAGUAUCAAACACAAAACACAGGCACACAAAAACCUCAAAUUAGCUAUUACAGCACCGUUGCUCCAAAACCAAUUACACCCCCGGUUAAUAACCAAAACUACUACUCAAUUGAACAGCAAACAGUAAGUACUUUAGCACCACAACCUACCCCAAAGGAACCUUCACAAAAUGUGCAAAGUUCGGUAAAACCCGAAGCAUACUUCUUAGGAAAUUAUAGAGACCAGUACAAUUCUAACCAAUAUGUAAAUUUUCCCAGCGAAGUACACCAACAAUUCCCACAACCAGCCCAAGCCUACAAUAUUCCACCUCAUGUAGAAACGACUACAACCCCCAGGACCACUGUCUCCACAACAACUAAAUCUUCCUCAACGUAUCCAAGCCAACUGCUGGAAACACAUAAUCCAUAUUCCAUAAAUCAUGCUUUCCACUUCAACACGCCUGUCGAUUAUCAAAACUUUUUUGAAGAGUACAAAGAACCAAAAGUAACUCCUGGAGCAACUUCUCCACCCGCAACAGAAUCUGCAACAAUUCCGUCAACUGAAAGGAACGUUGUUCAGACCCAAAGUUCUAAAGGCAAAUAUUCUCAGAACUAUAUUAAAAACUAUUCGCCUGAAAUCCAUUAUGAAUCUGAAAUACACUCGAGACGUCCUAUUUACAACACAAAAGAGUAUACAACGAACAUUCAAAAUGAACUUAUUACACCAACAGAGCGUAACGUACAAAAACCAAAAGAUUCCUUCUACAAAAAUGAAGAAGUGGUUGAAAAUAAUAACGCGGCACAGAUAUAUAAAGAAAGCGUUGAAUCAAAAGAAGCAGAAGAUGUCAAUAAACAAGCUCCGACUAUAAGUGAUUAUACUUCUGAAUCUACGCCUGAAGUUUACGAAUCAGCUAAAAUACAGACUUCACAAUACGGCCUUUACGAUACAAAUUAUAGUAAUGAAAAUAUUCAACAAACGGAAUCAAGUUCUACGACAACCACAACGACUACAACCACUAGAAGGACUCCAUUAAGAACUAGGGGACGUCCUCGGUACACAACUGCGAGACAAGAUUCUAAUGAUUACACUACGCGGCCUACAGUCACUAGAAGACCUUACAGAGAAAGAAGACCAGCACAAACAAAGUCUAGAUACGAGCCCAACAGAAUAUCUACUGAAAAAGCCAUUAAGGAUGAGUCUGAUACGACAGAGGGUACAUCAAAAGUCACAAGAACUAGGGGUCGAAUUCAUUAUAGGCCAACAGCAGGCGACGAUAACUCUGAAAAACACUCUAAACAAAAAGAUGAUUUAGCUUAUCAACGGGACAUCCUUCACCAAAAUUAUCCUGUGACUCUUAUGGAACGGACAAGCACUGUUGACAUUGAGGCUAUUACUGAACCAACGGCCAAACAACAAAUAACCAAUUCCGUUGAUGACUUUAAAACAUAUGACACAGAAAACGCCUACACUAAUGAUAAACUAUCUAUUACAGAGCGCGACCCUGCAACUCCUGAACUAACAAAAGAGACUGAUACACCGAAAGAAUCUUCUGUAGAAUUGGAAAGUCCGUUUGUUCAUGUCGAUCAGAUAAAUGAAAAUGAGGACUUUGUUUACCAAGCGCGUAGUAGUGUCGCACCAUCUGCUUACGGCUAUGAAGAAGUUAAAGAACAACCUUCAGAAGAUUACAAACUACAGCAAACAGAUCAAGUUUAUGCUACAAGUCCAGUCAGUCCAGUGACUGAACAAAACAUACCCAACUACUCCGCUAACAAUGAGUAUUCAACAGAGCAAGAAGAGACCGCCACAUUUCAAGACGUUGAAGCUACAAAGCUCAGUUUAGUACAAACUGAAGAAAAAGUAGUUGAAACUACACCAUCAUAUAAUAGAGUAAGAGUGCGACCUAGUUUAGUAAGACAAUAUCAUCAAGUAUCGUCUACAGAAUCAUCUAGAAUAAAAACUGAGAGAAGAAAACCAACGCAGCAACCCAUUACGUACAGACCAGCUUUUGACAGACGACGAACAACAAUGCGAAUUGAAGAAAUUGAAGCAGACCUAAAAACUAAACCCGUGCAUUCUCGCCCAGAAUAUGAUAACCACAAACAUCCUGUGUAUAAACCAGAGCUCUCUACAGAAGCUACACUGCAAUCUCAAACAACAGAAGCUGGUAAUAAACGUGGUCAAUUUAGACGGAGGCGACCAGUCUACACUACGACUUCUACGGAACCUGCAUCUAGAAGACCCUAUGAAGUAAAAAACAGAUUCCGGGGUCGACGGCCAACAGACAAGCCAACAGAUAAGCCUGAAGUACAAACAGAAAUUUCAGCUACAUCAACGUCCACAGGUCCUCUUUACAACCGUUAUAAUCAUCGAACUAAACUAUCUGAGCGGUUUAAUAAGAAGCCUGAGCAAGAGGUAGCAAUUACUGAAGACCAAGAAUCAAAUUACUCAAUUAACAGGCCCAAAUACGCUUCGCCAGAAUCUGAUAAAUGGUCACCUAAAAUUUCAAAAGAUUCCUUUAAGCCUUAUAAUCCUAAUGAACUCGAAGAUGAUACAAAACCAGAAACAAAGCAUGUAGAAGACGAAUUAGAUAUAAUAACUGCAAGAAACGAAUAUGAGGAUAUUUUGAUAUCUGUAACACCUGCGACUAACAAAAAUAACAGAGUAAACAAAAAAAUCGCAGAUAUUCCGCCAACUUUGGAAGCAUAUGUUGAACAAAGUAAAGUAUCCAAAACUGAAGCCAGUGACCCAUCGUCUACAUUCGAAACGAUGUUAGAAGAAGUAAUGAAAAGCUUGGAAGAACAGGAUGAAGAUGAAUAUACGAACAAGGUUAUGAAACACAAAGGAGGUGAAAUCGGAGAAAUACCUCCUGAAAAAAUCAUUUCAUCAGGCGUAAAUUAUUCUUUGAAAUCAACUACUCCCGUCCAAGAAGAAACGACAACAACAGCGUAUCAAACAACAACAACAGAAGAACAGACUCAGGAAAAUUUUGAGUUGGAAUCGAAUCCUUCAAACCGUCGUCGCGGAUUCUGGAAAAAAGUCAAAGUACGCCCUUUAACAGAGUCGUUUGAAGUAGCUGAAUCACAAUAUUACCCAAAUACAGUCAACACGCUUGGUCAGAGCAUAUCCAAAACAUUGGAUAAAUCCGGUGAAAAUACAAAGAAGAAAAUCAAGGUAACAACAUACAAACCCAGUUAUCAGUUCAUAAAAGAUUUCUUUGAAAACGAAGAAGAUAUUUACGAUGUGUCACCUGAUAUUGAUAUACCCAGAAUUAAUGCAACUCACCAACUUAAAGCACACGCUGAAAAAUUAAUACAAAUUACAACAGAAUCAACUACAUCAAAGGAAACCAGUGCUAGUAGUGUUAAUCCUGGUGAUAUGGAUUGGGGUACCGGUUCACCAGACCCUACCUUUGAAGAUGCAUCACUUUACACUGAAGCUACUCAGCCCACAAUAGAUAGAUCUGAUGGUUUUAGUUUCAUGGAAUACCUAUUUGGCAUGACUUCUGAUGAUGAAGUGCAAAGAAAAAGAGAAAUAGAGGAAGUAAUAACUAAAAGUCCUGAUCCAGAAACAGAAGCAACAAAAGGCACAACUGAGACCUAUAUACCCGACGAAAUAACUGCAGAAAAAAUGACAGAAACAUCAGCUACUGAAAUUCAGAGAAAUACUACAGAAACUUCAAUUGAAAUGGAAAAUUCAUCGAUAUCAAGCUUCAUGAAUCCUUCAAAUAUCAUUAGUACAUCAAUGUCAACAGAAGUCUCCCACGAAACGGAAAUCUGUUUUAGGGGCAAAUGUAUAAAGACAAAGAAAGACCUGUUAUAAAGUGGUGUAAGUUCAAACAUAGUGUAACACUAGUAAAAUUGUGAAAAGACACUUCUAUAGACUAUACUUUAAUGAAAUCUUGUAAAUAGUGAUUACUCUUUACUUGAUUUCAUUUUGAUGCCUUAUAAAUGGUUUAAAAUAAAAUAUGUGCUUUCAUACUUCUAUACAUAUACCAUACUUGUACUUUAUUUUUGGUGCUUAAUUGAAAGUGAAAAUAAUUAUUAUUUCUUAGUAAUUUAAAGUUGUAGGACAAAUAUUAGGUGAAGUAUUACACUUUUUUGGUAAUUUACAUUUUAUAAAAUUCAAUACAUAAGCACAAUGUUACGAUGUAAAUCUAAAUCAUCAUUUAGACAUAACAUUUUGAAGGUUAGUGGCAUUCACUAUUGCUAUGUAAAUAAUAUUAUUAACUACUCUAAGAUUUUAUAUUUUUGUAUUAUAUUUUUGACUGAUUUGUAAUCAAUUUUAGUAUAAGUUUAUGAUACCCUAUUUAUUAUUUAAACUAUUAAUUAUUUCUUAUUAGGGUAUUUCAGACACAGUGUCUGUACCCCACCCAAAGGAAUAUCUGUUAAAUAAAUACAGUAGUUGAUUUCUGUGAAUGUGUAUUUGUAAUAAAACAUUAAUAAAUUAA